AUAUAAACGCUGGCUGUCUGGAGGGUCGGGUUUGGUGGUCGGGGAUUAGGACCAGUAACCGCCGCCGUCGCAGCCGCCGCCGCACCGUCCGUCCUCAGGGGACUCCCUUCAGCCGUCUCAGCAUCCUGGUCCUCAUCUUCCUCUUCGUCCUCCUGGUCUUCGUCCCUGUGGCCCAGUGCCAGGGCGCUCCCCAGAGCCAGCAUGCCGCGCGUGGACUCGGACCUGAAGCUGGACUUCAAAGAUGUCCUCUUCAGACCCAAGCGGAGCAGCCUCCGAAGCCGCUCGGAGGUGGAUCUCCAGAGGACCUUCACAUUCCGUAACUCCAAGCAGACCUACACGGGCAUCCCAAUCAUCGCCGCCAACAUGGACACCACCGGGACCUUCGAGAUGGCACGGGUCCUCAGUAAGCACACCCUCUUCACAGCCAUCCAUAAGCACUACACUAUAGAGGAAUGGAAAAACUUUGCCGGCAGCUACCCAGAAUGCAUUGAGCACCUGGCCGUGAGCUCCGGCAGUGGCCAGGCCGACCUGGAGAAGCUGUGUCAGAUCGUGGAGGCUGUGCCCUCUCUCAAGUACAUCUGUCUGGACGUCGCCAACGGAUACUCAGAGUAUUUCGUGGAGUUUGUCAAGACUGUCCGGGGGAAGUUCCCACAACACACCAUCAUGGCUGGCAACGUGGUGACAGGGGAGAUGGUGGAGGAGCUAAUCCUGUCAGGUGCUGACAUCAUCAAAGUGGGCAUCGGGCCAGGAUCUGUGUGCACAACGCGCAUCAAGACCGGGGUGGGAUACCCCCAGCUCAGUGCUGUCAUAGAGUGUGCUGACUCCGCCCACGGACUCAAGGGCCACAUCAUCUCUGAUGGUGGCUGCAGUUGCCCUGGUGAUGUGGCUAAGGCUUUUGGGGCCGGCGCUGACUUCGUGAUGAUGGGGGGCAUGCUGGCGGGCCACGACCAGUGCACCGGCGAGGUCAUCGAGAGAGACGGCAAGAAGUACAAGAUGUUCUACGGCAUGAGCUCCGACACCGCCAUGAAGAAAUACGUCGGGGGCGUCGCCGAAUAUAGGGCGUCGGAGGGGCGGACGGUGGAGGUGGCCUACCGGGGGGACGUGGAGCACACGGUGCUGGACGUCCUGGGGGGGCUGCGCUCCACUUGCACCUACGUGGGCGCAGCCAAGCUGAAGGAGCUUAGCCGCCGCACCACCUUCAUCAGGGUCACACAGCAGUCCAGCCACAUGUUCGGCUAGCGCCCAGCGCAACCGCGGGAUCGAGAACGGCGUCCGUACGUCAAUUUGUUUAAUGUGUGUAAUGUGUGUGUGUGUGUGUGUUGAAUUAUUUCAAGUCAUAAUAGCGUGAUGGGAAUUCAAUUCAUACCUCUAUGAAGUCAGUGGUUUAAAGGUGACAUAUUAUACCACCAGGUGUAUUUUUAAAACGGCUUGUAACAGCUAAUCACACUCACACCUGGUGGUAUGAUACGUAACUUUUAACACUAGAUUAAUCCUAUAAAGCUAAAGCAUUUCUUUACGUCCCACGUCAAAGAGUGCGUUGCACCUAUCACUGUCAUGUAAAGCACUCCCAUCAAUAAAGUUUGAGUACAUCAACAGUAGACCCCCCCCCCCCCCCCCCCCAGGGAAGAGCCAUGACAGACUGUGAAGCCACAAGUGUCAAACCGUACCAUAAGCUGCUGGUAGCCACACCGUAGUAAUGUACAUUGUAGGAGCGGUGGGAGUUGGUUUUAAUUGUUAAUUACCUGCUGCUUCAUAAUUCUUUACACAAUGGUAAUUAAGGAAAUAUGUUAAGGAUGGGGAGGUGCUGUAGAGACGAGAGAUUCAAUGAUGAUAAUGACACAAUAGUGCUAAACAAGUGAUCGGUGAUUAAACGUUUGUGCUUUAUAAAUAUGCAUUGCAUGUUAACAUUUCGCAAAAAAUGGCGACUACUGUAUCUUAUAUCACGGUUUAUACGGCCGGCCUUCAAUAAAGAGUGGAAAAACGAUGUUAUGCAAAUGCAAGGAUUGAGGCAACGGUGAUACCGUUUGAAUGUGACUGGGAGAUUCUCUGGGGUUAAACACUUUAAUAAACUGUAUGCUGGUCUAUGGAUGGACCUCCUUAUCAGUCUUGACCCAAAACAGUAGGCUACAUGCUAGGUAACAUGCUAGGUAGCUGCUUCCUGUGUUGUUGUCCCCACAUGCUAAUGCUGUGUCCAUCUCUGUCUCUUUAAAAUACAUCGGAUGCCGCUUGUCUGUCAUUUAAUGUGCCACUGAACUGUAAAGCACUGCAGCUAUUAAUUCACGGCAGUAGGGGUAAACAGGGUUGAGUUAAGCGGGGUUUAAUACAAGCAAGGAUGCAUGUGUACCGCCCCGUUACAUAUACAGGGACGGCCUGGUUAUCUGCUUCAUGUAUCUGAUCAAAGUAUCGGACAUACUUGAAGCACUUCUGUUGCUGAUGUUGUCUUUGUGGGGCGGGGGGGGUGGGGGGUGUUCUGAUUGGGUCUUUGACUCCACCGUGCCUCGGGAUACAUUAUUAAAGAGUUUAGUGCUCUUAUGAACUGAGAUAUGCUGUACUCACAUACUUGAAGAACGGGAUCUUCAGGGACUGGAAAGCAAUUAUACAAAUAGUGAUUUCAAGACGUAUAAAUAUCAUGCCUUUACUGGAGAGCAACACUGUGGCUAAAGAGGAAGGAGAGACUGAUCCGUUUACAGGGAUCACGAAAAAAUAUAUCCCUAAUAAAACAGAAUACUACUUCAACUCUGCUUGCGUUGUGUUUUUUCCCUCGGCAAAGAAGCCAUUUGUGGUGUUUGGAAACAAAUGACCUCAAAUAAAUAUGAAUGUGUCUUUACAGAGUUUAUACAUUCAACAUCUGGGCACUUAAGUGGUCAGUCGUAAUUCUAUGAUUGGAUCACCAUUUUAAACUGCUGCCUGUCACUAUUGUCAAGAUGUUAUGGUUUAUUCAUGGGUUAUUCUUACUGGUUUGCGGCAAAUAAAUAAAACAGUUGACACAGAUUAUAUUUCAAAUGCUUU